ACGUGGAUAUGAUAUCUGUGUUGUACCAAGUGAAUUGACUGAAAGAGAACAGUCACAUUAAAGUCACACAUUGGAUUCCCAUACAGUAAUGCUUUGAUAAAUCACCCAAGUAAAUGUGUCUGGUUGAUUUACCUUGUUUGACGGUUAUUGAUUUAUUUUUCCCCUAGUUUGAAAUGCUGACCGGCACAUUACCGUUCCAAGGAAAAGACCGGAACGAGACUAUGAACAUGAUUCUUAAAGCAAAGCUGGGAAUGCCACAGUUUUUAAGUUUGGAAGCACAAAGUCUUUUACGAAUGCUCUUCAAACGAAAUCCAUCAAAUCGUUUAGGAGCCGGUCCUGACGGAGUGGAGGAGAUCAAACGGCACGCAUUCUUCUCCACCAUCGACUGGAAUGUAAGUAUCUGUUAUCGCAGCAUUACACACUUUUCUCAGCAGAGUGCCUCAUCCUCCAUCAUUGAGUGUGUGAGUGUGAGUGUGGGUGUGGGUGUGGGUGUGUGAGUGUGGGU